AGGAGCGCUGAUGUCAUUUUCAAAACUUAACCAACCCUCCAAAACUCCACACCGCUUAGUUCUUCUCCGCCUUUCAACCUGGAAGGUCUUCUUCAGCUGAAAAGUGGAAUACAUUUGACAAAAUAAUACUUUUCCGAGGUGAACGAGUUAAAAAAAAAAAGGGAAUCGCGAUCGUUUGUAUUGGAAGGACUUUACUGCUGGAAACCCCACCGACCGGAGCCCCCUUCUUGCAGGGCACUGUUUUCUUCUCUUUUGUUUUGUAAAGUUCUAUUCCCAGAAUGAACCGGAGCUUUAACCGAUCGCAACCCUUGCGAAACGUGGAUUGUAACGCCGUGGAGGUGAAAAGCAAGUAUGGGGCGGAAUUCCGCCGCUUCUCGGUGGACCGGCUGAAGCCCGGCAAGUUCGAGGAGUUCUACAAACUCAUCCUGCACAUCCACCGCAUCGCCAACAUGGAGGUGAUGAUCGGGUACGCUGAUGUCCACGGCGAUCUGCUGCCCAUCAACAACGACGACAACUUCUGUAAGGCCGUGUCCACCGCUCACCCCCUGCUGAGGAUUUUCAUCCAGAGACAAGAAGAGGUGGACUACGCCAACUUUGGCACCAACACCCUCACGCGCAAGAAGAAGGCAGUGGUCACCCUGCGUAACAAUGACCUCAACCGCAAGCGGCCGCACAUCCGCAUCGGCAUGCCGCAGGACUUCCGACCCGUCUCCUCCAUCAUCGACGUGGACAUCCUGCCGGAAUCCCACCGCCGCGUCCGCCUGUACCGCCACGGCUCGGACAAACCGCUGGGAUUUUACAUCCGCGACGGAACCAGCGUCCGCGUGACGGCCCACGGCUUGGAAAAAGUGCCGGGGAUCUUCAUAUCCCGGCUGGUUCCCGGCGGCCUGGCGGAGAGCACCGGGUUGUUGGCGGUCAACGACGAGGUCCUAGAAGUCAACGGCAUCGAGGUGAGCGGCAAGUCGUUGGACCAAGUCACCGACAUGAUGAUCGCCAACAGCCACAACCUGAUUGUGACCGUCAAGCCCGUCAACCAGCGCAACAACGUCGUGCGCAGCAGCCGCAUCUCCGGCAGCUCAGGGCAGUCGUCGGACAGCAGCGGUUCCGCCGGCUACCCGGCGUUGUCAGCCGCCCCCGCGGGGAUGGUGCCGUCCGGGGCUCACGGCUACCAAGACGACCUGGAGAGCGACGACGAGACGGACAUCGUCAUCGAGAGCAGCCUGAAGCGUCCAUCUCAGAGGUCCAACGCUUCCUUGGCGGCCAGCGUGGCACGCUUACAGCAGCAGACGCCCACCACAACCGCCUCGGGUCCUGCGGCACCACCCAGCCCCCCGUCGCGUCCCCCUUCGGUGGUGUCCACCGCUUCCUUCCAUUCCCACACAAGCCUCAACGGGGGGUCCCACCACCACCACCAACACAGCAGCCUGAGCUACCAGCUCCUCAGAGACCUCAACCUCCAGCACAGUCAGCCCAGCUCGCAGACACCUUAUCACAGCAGCAACCCGGCCCUCCGCCACAGCAACGUGAGCCUGCACAAAAUCCUCAACUCCCUGAAAACGGACCAGCGACACAGCCUGGCUCUGCCCAGGGGCGGGGUGGAGGAGGACGGCACCGUCAUCACGCUAUAAUCCUCACAACUCAGACUGGCAUACAAAUUAAGUUUUAUUCUCCACACCGACCGUAAUACAAAGAAUGGAGGAGCAUGUGUUGUACUGUAAAUACUCCCAGGACUUUGAAGUGUUUCUUGUCUUGUCUUGUCAAAAAAAAUGUAUGUUUGUAUGUAAUAAUGCAUCGGAACAAAUACCUGUCUCCCUGCCACUGUAUGCUGUAUUUUUCCUAAGUGACCACUUUUUUCUCCUGAUUCUUAAUACUGGGACCAAACUGGGUAAAUCUGUAUUUCUUAUAUUUGGAUAAAUACAUGCAUAGAGUCUGGUUUUUAAUUGUUCUUUUAUGCUUUUUGAUGAUCAAACUCUUUUAUCUGUUUCAAUAAAUUAUUCUAAGUAA